UAGCUUGAAAUGAGAUGUUAAAAUCAUGUUGUUGUGAGAAAUAUGCCUUUUUUUCUUGAGAAAUAUUCCUUUUUUCUUUCUUCUGUAAUUUUUGAACAUGAAUCUGAAAUCAUCAUAGAUAGUUUUUUUUAUCUAUUUUGCUUUUUAACUUUCAGUUUUAAGGAUCUUCAUCUGCUUGUUUUUGAUGGGUUAUUGAAGGCUUUCCUCUUGCCAAACUUUUUUCCCUCUAAUGUGAUCAGCAUAAGAUGGUUUUCGGACUCACAUGUUCUUUGCUAAACAAAUUUGAGUUUGCUUUGGUAUCACAUGUCGGUCUGUGUCUUCUCCUUUUGGGACAAAAAUCUGAACUGUUACAUGGUUACAUUCUUAUGUUCUUUUUUAAUUUUUUGCACUAACGUGGGAAGUGGGAGAUUAAGCAGCUUUUCGCAUUCUUCUAUUCUUUCCUAUAAAUUUUAAGCCUUUUCUCCUGUACACUGAAAAGCAGAGUUUGGAGAAUAUUAGAAUUUUGGAUUGUUUGACAUAUGCUAAUAUUAUAGUUGAUUUUGAUGAGUUUCCUCACUUUCUUCAAUGGACAGAUAUAUCUUGUUUUAUCUUAAUGAGAUAAAUGCAUGCUUCAUAUGUUACAAUUUACAAUUGUCUUUUCCUGGCAUCCUUGGUACAUGUCGUUUUCUGGUCUUGUUGCAACAAUUUUAGGAACAAUGAUUGUUGAAAUUCCUGCUAGCAGAGGUGGGCCAAUCCGCUUCCUGCUUUGCCACGUAUUCAAAGCAGUUAUUGACAUGACAAAAAAGCAGAUGGGGAGGAUCCUGUGCAACCAUUUCGGACCAAAUAAUUACCUCAUCUGAAUUGAGUGGACUGUAGCAAUUUAAGAGAAAUGGCAGCUUCCGGUGAACCUAAGAAGAAAAGUGAACUGAGAGUUUUUGAAAGUUUAGAUGAGCUGGCUACUGAUUUGGCUGAAUACAUUGCACAAUUAUCAGAGAUUUCGGUGAAAGAGAGGGGAUGCUUUACUAUUGCUUUAUCUGGGGGAUCUCUUAUCAGCUUGAUGGGGAAACUCUGCGAGGCUCCUUAUAACAAGACUGUUGAUUGGACAAAAUGGUAUGUCUUCUGGGCUGAUGAGCGUGCAGUGGCAAAGAAUCAUGUUGACAGUAACUACAAGCAAACGAAGGAUGGGUUUCUUUCCAAGGUAUCCAUUCUCAAUAGCCAUGUCUACUCCAUCAAUGACAAUGUGACAGUGGAGGAUGCAGCUGGGGAGUACGAAUUUGCUAUCCGCCAGAUGGUCAAGAUCCGCAUUAUAGGUGUUUCCGAGAUCAAUGACUGUCCCAAGUUUGAUCUCAUCCUUCUUAGCAUGGGCCCUGAUGGCCAUGUGGCUUCACUUUUCCCCCAGCACCCAGCCCUUGAGCAGAAAGAGGAGUGGGUCACCUACAUCACCAACUCCCCCAAGCCCCCACCUGAGAGGAUCACCUUCACACUCCCCGUGAUCAACUCCGCAUCUAAUGUUGCCCUGGUGGCUACGGGUGAAGACAAAGCCAUGGCGGUGCACCUUGCGAUUGCUGAUGCCACUGAUGGCCUGGAUGCUUCGUCGUCGCCUGCCCGGAUGAUUCAGCCAACUGAUGGGAAAUUGGUUUGGUUCAUCGAUAAGCCAGCUGCCUCAGUUCUUGAUGCUGGUAACAGUGACUCUCCGCGUGUUGAAUGACGCAGGACAACUUUUGCCAUAUGUUAAUAUGUGUAUGUAGAGGAGGGAAUUUGACAACAAAUCUUACUUUUUUGCCUGUGGCUCUUCAGUUGUUUUUGUUAACUUUCUGAGUGUGGUGGUGGGGGAGGGGUACUCGCUAAAUGAUAAGUGGAUUAGUACAGAACAUAAUAAGUCAGUUUGGCGCAUGGCCUUGUGUUGCCCUUUUUUGCAACUGGGGAAUGGUUAGAGAUGGAAACAGGUUAUCUAUAGUAGAGAUUUAGGGAGGAGGGUGGUGAAUGUGUCCUUGUUCAUAUGCUGUUAACUAAUAGAGAUGUAUUUCUGGGAGUCAGCAGUAACUUUUCAAUAUUUUUUUUUUCCAGUUGUGAAUCCACCUUAACUGCAACAGGUGUUACACAUAGGUGAAGUUAUUUUGUUGUGAUGA